UCCCAAGCCAUCCACGCAGCGGGACUCAUUUUCGUCUCGGGACAAAUCCCCGCCCGAGCAGACGGUACGCUCGUAACGGGCAGUAUCGCCGAGCAAACGACGGCAUGUAUUGAGGGACUGGUGAAUAUUCUCGAAGCAGCAGGGAGUGAAUUGGCCAAAGUUACAAAGGUGACGGUGUUUAUUACUGAUAUGGCGAAUUUUGGGGAGAUGAACACCGUCUAUGAAAAAUACUUUGGUCCGUACAAACCUGCUCGCUCGUGCGUGGCUGUCAAGGAACUUCCCAAGGGUGUUCCCGUCGAGGUCGAGGCUAUUGCAUUGGCUUGA